AUUGUCUUCAUCAUGGUCAUAUUCUCUCUGCUCCUGCUGGCCUCUCUGCUGCCACACGUGACAUGCAUUGUGAAUAGCAAGGAAGCAAAACCCCACUCCAGACCUUACAUGGUGUCUGUUCAAGUGAAGGAGCAGCAUAUCUGCAGUGGAUUCCUCAUCUCUGAUAGAUUUGUCAUGACUGCUGCACAUUGCCGAAACAAAGCUCAAGCUCUGACGGUUGUGUUAGGUGCACAUAACCUACGAAAUAAGAAUGAGAGUUCAGUCCGAAUCAAAGUGGAGUCCUACUAUUCCCAUCCGCAAUAUACCGGCAAAUCCUUUCGUAAUGACAUCCUGCUUUUGAUGUUAGAAAAAAAUGCACCAGUAAACAACAAUAUCAAGCCGAUAUCCAUACCAGCGGAAGAAUGCGAUAUCGAAGACUCUGUUUGCAGUAUCGCAGGUUGGGGACUUUUAGAAACUAAUGGCAAGCAAAGCAAUCACCUCAUGGAGACAAAUGUGACAGUCAUGAAUAACAAGGAAUGUGAAAGGAAAUGGGGGGAGGAAGAGUUUUCAGCUUCACUGAUGAUGUGUGUAUAUGGAGAAGGAGGAAGCUGUGAUGGGGAUUCAGGAGUUCCUUUGGUUUGUGGAGACACUGCAGUUGGUGUUGCUUCCUUUGGUGACCCUGAGAUCUGUAAUUCACCAGAGCGACCUGAAGUUUAUACUAAGAUUUCAGCAUAUCUUACAUGGAUAAAGAGUAUAACUGCAUGGGGCUAUAAUUUUGGUUAUGCUUUGCAUUUUUGUAAUAAACAAAUCCAUUCGCUGAUUGUCUAUAAUAUAUUCUCUCUGCUUCUGCUGGCCUCUCUGCUGCCAUACCUGACCUGCAUUGCUCAUGUGAAUGUGGGUAUAGUGAAUGGCAAGGAAGCAAAACCCCACUCCAGACCUUACAUGGUGUCUGUUCAAUCGGAGGAGCAGCAUAUCUGCAGUGGAUUCCUCAUCUCUGAUAGAUUUGUCAUGACUGCUGCACAUUGCCGAAACAAUGCUCCAGUUCUGACGGUUGUGCUAGGUGCACAUGACCUACAAAAAAAGAGUGAGAAUUCAGUCCGUAUCAAAGUGGAUUCAUACCAUCAGCAUCCAGAUUACACCAAUGAAUCCUUUCAUAAUGACAUCCUGCUUUUGGAGUUAGAAAAAAAUGCACCAAUGAACAACAAUAUCAAGUUGAUAUUCUUACCAGCGAAAGAAGGCAAUAUUGAAGCAGGUUCUGUUUGCAGUAUCGCAGGCUGGGGACUUUUAGAAACUAAUGGCAUGCAAAGUAAUCACCUCAUGGAGACAAAUAUUACGGUCAUGAAUAAUAAGGAGUGUGAAAGCAAAUGGGGGAAGGAAAAGUUUUUAGCUUCACUGAUGAUGUGUGCAUAUAGAGAUGGAGGAAGCUGUGAUGGGGAUUCAGGAGGUCCUUUUGUUUGUGGAGACACUGCGGUUGGUGUUGCUUCCUUUGGCGACCCUGAGAUCUGUAAUUCACCAGAUCGCCUUGAAGUUUAUACUAAGAUUUCAGCAUAUCCUCCAUGGAUAAAGUGCAUUAUUGAAAAUGGAGGGGAGAUUCUGGAGGCCCUUUGGUUUGUGGAGACACUGCAGUUGGUGUCACUUCCUUUGGUGACCCUGAUACAUUUGCUGCGGAGAUCGGCGCGCACGCUCUGCCCCGUUAUGGAAGUGCAAGACCUGGCCAUUCGGGUCCAAGCUGCCCAGCACGUUCCACUACCUGACCCCCCGAGCGCAAGCCACCCGCCUCCUGCUGAAGAUGACGGCCUACGACGAUCCGCCGCGGAGAAUUACGCAGAAGUAAAGCGAGAAAUUCUAGCCCGGCUCGGUUUAUCGUCCAUCUCUACCGCCCACGGCGCCUGGCCCGUCGAGGUUGAAUUGGUGCAAGAUCUUCCGGUGGCCGUACUGCUGGGAAGAGACAGGCCCGGCUUCGAUUGCCUGCUUGCCGCCGUCGUCCAGCCCGCCAGCCCACAAGGGAACCGCCGCAGGCGACCCCAAGGACCUCGUCGCCGGCCGGCCCUGCUAGCUUCGGACAGCGGGAGAGAUGGUGAGUCCCCCUCCCAAUCUACUAAUCUCUUUUAUGAUGUGUUUCAACAGACUUCCGGAGGGGGCUCAUUCGCCAGAGAACAGCGGGAGAACGACCGUCUUAAACACUGCUGGGCACAAGUGCGGAUCAUUGAUGAUAAGGACGUCCUCCCACGGCCACAUCCUCUCCCGCACUUCAUUGUCCGAAGCGGUCUGCUGUACUGUGUCGCAUCACGUAGGGGGGAGGAGAAGGAACUUCUAGUCGUUCCCCGGAGCAAGACGGAAACCAUCCUGGAGCUCGCCCACUCCCAUCCUAUGGCAGGUCACCUGGGAACGACGAAUACCAUCCAGCAGAUCCGGGACCGUUUUCACUGGCCGGGCCUGGACGCUGACGUCAAGGCAUUCUGCCAAGCCUGCCCGACCUGCCAGAUCACGGCACCCAGGUCUCCUCCCCCCAGCCCGCUCAUACCCCUGCCCGUCAUUGAGGUGCCCUUCGAGCGCAUCAGAUUAGAUCUGGUAGGGCCGUUGCCUAAGUCUGCCCGAGGACACGAACACAUCCUGGACUACGCCACCCGCUACCCAGAAGCAGUCCCCCUGAGGAAAGCCACAGCGAAAGCCAUCGCCCAGGAGCUGUUUCUGUUGGCCAGUCGCGUUGGAAUACCAGCUGAGAUCCUGACCGACCAGGGAACACUGUUCAUGUUCCGGCUAAUGGCUGAUCUCUGCAGGCUGCUGCGGGUGAAGCAGUUAAGAACAACGGUCUACCAUCCACAGACGGACGGGCUUGUGGAACAUUUUAACCAGACCCUGAAGCAGAUGCUCCGGAGGGUAGCGGCGGAGGAUAAGCGGGACUGGGACUUAAUGAUCCCCUAUGUGAUGUUCGCCGUCCGGGAAGUUCCACAAGCCUCGACUGGCUUCACCCCCUUCUAG